AUGAGUUUUACCGGACCUAGCCCACCAUGCGUUGAUGAUGGGAUUCGACCAGAGGAUUCCGCUAGUCAGAGCGGAAGUACGUCGUCGUCCGUCAGGCUGAAGGCGAUAGCAAGGAAGGCUGCAUUGGCUGCAGAGGCUGCAGCGUUGAAGCAGAGAUUGGCUCUGGAGAGGGAGGAGUUGGAUCUGAGACAGCGUAAGAUUCAGCUUGAUAUGGACACUCGAAUAAAGAUAGCUGAAGCUGAGGCAGAAGUAUACCUUUCUGCAGAAGAAGGACAUUUGGCUACAGAUGUCAAGGAUCUUCACGGGGCUCAAGCUAAGGUUGAUGAUGUUCUGCCUCAUCUAGUUGCUACCGAAAACUCCAAGGUGAGGGAAGAUGUCCGGGCUCCUCUAGGGGCUCACGCCAAGCCUGAUGAUUUCCUGCCUCGUCCAGAUGAUGGUAAUAACUCCAAGAUGAGGGAAGAAGUUACCCGUUCUUAUGAGCGACCAAGGGCAGUGGAUACUCAGGACUUACUACUUCAGAUAAUUGACAACAGCCAGAAGCAACAGAGAGAUUUGCUGGAAGGACUAUUUGUCCCUCAGACACAGAUUAUGACAUUUGAUGGAAGUCCUCUCAAGUUUUGGGAAUUUUGGAGGGCAUUUGAGAGCACUGUUGACUGCACCGGCAUACCUGAUAGUGCCAAGCUAACUCGGCUAUUACACUAUUGUGAAGGAGAUGCCCGCAAGAUCUUGCAGUCAUGCAGUAUUAUGCCACCAUCAGAAGGAUACAGGAGAGCAAAGGCACUUCUUCAUGGCCGAUUCGGAACUCCCUUCAUGAUUGCUGAUGCCUGGAUCAGGAAGGUGACUGGAGGGCCAAAGAUACCCGGACGAGAUAAGAGAAUGCUGCAAGAGCUAGCUGAUGAGUUACAGGCAAGGGCAGAUGAGGAGAACGACCCUGUCUUUGGAAAGCUGCUUGUCAAGGAGCAGAGUGCUAGAACCAGCCCACCGAUCAACAAAGCAUCACGAUCAAGGAGGAGUACCUUUUCUACCAGUGCAUCAGGUGAAGAGACGGCACCGUUGGUUUGUGUGAAAUGUAAGGAGUCACACACUCUGUUUGCUUGUAACGCAUUCAAGCAAAUGCAGCCUGAAGAAAGAUUCAAGCUCGUUGUGGAGAACAAGCUGUGCUUCAAUUGUUUGGAGAAGGGGCACACAUCGAGAAACUGCCAGGUGAAAAGGGUGUGCUCCGUGCCAGGAUGCAAGAGGAAGCACACUAAGUUCCUCCAUCGGGACAAGAUGGAACAGCCUCGACAAGCCCAGGAGGGGGUUGGUGAACCUGCAACUGAGAAGGUUGAGAGUUAUGCCACAGGGGCCGGUGGAAAUAAGAGGAUCCUACUACCCAUAGUUCCAAUCAGAGUUUAUGCAUCGGCCAAGGAUGAUGGCGUGGAGGCCCUGGCACUUUUGGACUCUGGUUCCACUAGCACAUUCUGCACGGAGGAAUUAGCGGAGAGAGUAAAGGCCCAUGGAUCAGCUAGCACGGUGUCUGUGUCAACUCUGGAUAGGGCUAACAGUGAACUCCACACCACUGUCGUUAGUUUGAGGAUUGAGCCAAGGUCUUCGCCAAGAGUAGUGACUCUCCCUCGAGUGUACACCAAGGCCGACAUCAACAUAAGUGUAGACCACUUGCUUUGUAGACUAGAUGUCGAUCAGUUUGCACAUCUUUCGGAUAUCCAUUUUCCAAGCUCGAAUAAAGUCAAGGUGGAUAUUCUAAUUGGUCAAGACUAUCCUGAGCUACUGUGUCCUCUGGAGACAAGACGAGGUGAACCAGGAGAACCUUAUGCAGUAAGGACAGUACUAGGCUGGACGCUCAAUGGACCUGUCCAGGGAAAUGGUAAGAGGAUGCCAUUAAGUUCGCACUUCAUCUCAGAGGAAAUGUCACUCGACAAUCAGUGCAAGAUGUUUUGGUCCCUUGAGACCAGUGAUAUGUGUAACAUAAACACAGCUGCCAAGGGAAUGUCAGUUCAGGACCAGGAAGUGUUGAAGCUAUGGGAGGAUAACGUGGUAAGGAGUGGAGGACAUUACCAGCUGCCCAUACCAUUCAAGGAACAACCGCCACCCUUGAGUGAAAACAGAUGGAUGGCUCAGCAGAGGCUUGAAUCCUUGAAAAGACGACUAAGCAAAGAUGAAUUGAUGCAUGCCAAGUAUUCACAAGGCAUGGCUGACCUUCUCGACAAGGGCUACGCUGAAGCAGUGGAUGAUUCUCUACCACUGGACGGAACUUGUUGGUAUUUACCGCAUCACCCUGUGGUUAACGAGAAGAAACCGGAGAAAGUUCGCAUCGUCUUCGACUGCGCCGCCAAAUCUGAUGGUGUAGGAUUAAAUGAUGUCGUCAGGCAAGGGCCAGACCUAACGAACAAGUUGUCAGGUGUAUUACUACGCUUUCGUCAAGCACCAGUAGCUAUCAUGGCCGAUGUGGAAGCCAUGUUCCAUCAAGUGAAGCUAGAUGCAGAUGAACGAGAUGUUCUUCGCUUCUUAUGGUGGCCAGGAGGGAAAUUGGAUGAAGUUCCCAGGACCUACAGGAUGUGUGUCCACCUGUUCGGGGGUACUUGGAGCCCCAGCUGUUGCUCAUUUGCCUUGCGGCAAACAGCUAAGGACUUUGGGGAUCAGUGCAAUACAGAAGCACCAAAGGUAGUAGAGCGAAAUUUCUACGUGGACGACUGUCUUGUAUCUGUGGAGAAUGAAGAUGACGCAAUCAAACUGUCGACAGAGCUUAGAGAACUGUUGCAGAAGGGAGGUUUUCGACUAGCUAAAUGGUUGAGCAACAGUCCAAGGGUUCUGCAAAGCAUACCAGUGUCUGAAAGAGCCAAGAAGGUUGCUGGGAUAGACUUGAACUUUGAGGCCCUCCCAGUGGAGCGAGCACUUGGUAUGAUAUGGGAUAUAGAGAUGGACAGCUUCAUCUACAAGAUUCAGCCCAAGCCCAAACCUUUGUCUCGAAGAGGGAUACUGAGUAUAGUCUCUUCAAUCUAUGACCCUUUGGGUUAUGCCAGCCCAUUUGUCCUGAGAGGGAAGAUGAUUCUACAGGAAUUGACGAGGAAGAAGCUGAGUUGGGAUGAGCCCAUUCCCGACAUUGAUGCCAAGAACUGGAGAGCUUGGAUCGAGGAACUUCCUGAGAUGGAGGGAUUCGGAGUACACAGAUGUGUCAAGCCUCAGAAGUUCGGGAAGGUGACCGAGUAUACAAUUCACAACUUCUCUGAUGCAUCGGAAGUGGCCUAUGGUGCAGUAUCCUAUCUAGUGAUAAGCAAUGAAGAAGGGCAGGUGCAUAGCAGUCUCCUGAUGGCUAAGUCACGUCUUGCACCUAUAAAGACUGUUACCAUACCCCGUUUGGAGCUGAUGGCAGCAACGCUGGCUGUCAACAUGGAUAUUAUGGUCAGGGAAGAGCUGGACUUGCCGAUCAAGAUGUCAUACUUUUGGACUGACAGUAUGAUUGUUCUUCAUUAUAUCCGUAGUGAAGAUAGGAGGUUCAAAGUCUUUGUGUCCAACAGACUUGCGACAAUCCACCAAGUCACAGAGCUGAGCCAGUGGAGACACAUAGACACAAAGGUGAAUCCUGCAGAUGUUGUGUCUAGGGGUACGUCACCAAUGAAGCUGAAGAAUGACAAAGGAUGGCUUGAGGGACCAGACUUUAUACAGCUUCCGGAGGAACAAUGGCCAAAAUGUCCCUUUGAGAAAGAGGAGAUCAAUGAGGAUGAUCCAGAGCUAAAACCAACAAAGGUGCAGACAUUUGCUGUGAGUGAUGGUAGAGGGUGCAUUGAUAGAAUCCUAAUGCACUACUCUGACUGGACAAGACUACGCAGAGCAGUAGCCUGGUGGCUUAAGCUGAAGGAGUACCUCAGAGGGAAAAGCAGAAACUCAGUGCCUGGAAAAUGCAGUAGCUUAAAACCAGAGGACUUGAAGUGUGCUGAGAAAGCAAUAUUUCAGCAUGUUCAGCAUGAAUCCUUCCCAGAGGAGUUGAAGCUACUGAAGGAGAUAGACGGAAUACCAGAGGGACGAGAAAGAGUUGUGAAAAAGGGGUCUAAGCUCGCAAAGAUGGAUCCGGUCUUCCAAGAUGGUCUUCUGAGAGUAGGGGGCAGACUCAGACGAGCCCAGAUCCCAGGCAGUGCGAAGCACCAGGUGAUAAUGCCCAGGCGACAUCAUGUAUCAACGUUGUUGGUACGAUAUGUACAUAAAAACAUUGGACAUCAAGGCCAAAAUCAUGUUUUGGCAGAACUCAGACAACAAUACUGGAUUCUUGGAGCAGGGGUUCUCGUGAGAGGCUUGGUAAGAAAGUGUGUUACCUGUCGUCGUUACCAGGCCAAGGUUGGUAAGCAGAAGAUGGCGGAUCUACCUGCCUACCGAGUAGCAGCUGGUGAGCCGGCCUUCACGAACGUUGGGAUGGACUUUUUCGGUCCAUUUGAGAUCAAGUGUGGACGCUCAGUGAGGAAAAGAUAUGGUGUGGUGUUUACCUGUAUGGCCACCCGCGCUAUCCACAUCGAGGUCGCUGAUUCUCUCGAAACUAGCUCCUGCAUUGAUGCUAUUAGAAGGAUGAUGAGUAGAAGGGGGCCGAUAACGAAAUUGGUCUCUGACAACGGCACCAAUCUGGUUGGAGCUGAAGGUGAACUUAGGAAGGCUCUGAAAGAUUGGAACCAGGAGGAGAUGUCUCAUUUCACUUCCAACAAAGGGAUUGACUGGUCCUUCAAUCCGCCAGGGGCCUCACACUACGGUGGAGUAUGGGAGAGACAGAUACGAACUAUUAGAAAGGUACUGCAAGCUGUCCUUAACGAGCAGUAUCUAAGGACGUGCCAGACGGAAGAGCAGCUUCAUACUCUGAUGUGUGAGGUGGAGGCAAUUGUGAAUAGCCGUCCACUUACUCGCGUGUCUGAUGACCCAGGGGAUCUUGAAGUGAUAACGCCUAGCAGUCUACUAAACAUGAAGCGAACGUCUACACUGCCUCCAUGCAAAUCUACCAUGGGGGAUAUCUAUGCGAGAAGACGCUGGAAGCAGAUGCAGCAUCUAGCUGAUGACUUUUGGAGAAGGUGGAUACGGGAGUAUCUUCCUAGCCUACAACAACGUCAGCGGUGGGAGCAGCCUGAGCGCAAUCUUGAUGUUGGAGACGUGGUGCUAAUCGCUGAUGGAACUUUACCCAGAGGUUGCUGGUUGAUGGGUCGCGUGUGUGAGAUUCAUCCAGAUAAGCAUGGACGCGUACGAAGUGCUAAGGUAAAGACUGCGACGUCGAUGCUAACCAGGCCUAUCACAAAACUUUGUUUAUUGCUUGAGCAAGAAGAAUCGCGAUAA